AUGGGGAAAGUGAGGGCGCUGCGGGCCCGUGUGCACCGGGCGGCCGUGAGGCCCGAGGCGGAGGCCGCGCCGGGUCCCGCGCCCCUGGCCCCGGCCCAGGAGCCGGCCUCGGCGGGCGGAGCGCAGGGAAAGGACUGGGCGUUCGUCCACACUGACAUCUUUGCCAGGACGCAGAUAGACCCCAAAGCCCUGGUGCAGAGGCUGGAGCUGGACCAGAGGAGUGUGGCAUCCCUCAAGAGAGGUGCAGAACCAAAGGUCAUCUUACCCAAGAAAGAGAAACUGAGGCUACGGCGUGAGCGGUGGCUACAGAAAAUUGAAGCCAUUAAGCUGGCUGAGCAGAAGCUCAGGGAAGAGCGGAAGCGCAGGGCCACAGUGGUGGUGGGGGACCUGCACCCGCUGAGGGAUGCUCUGCCCGAGUUGCAGGAGCUGGAGGCCAGCAGCCGGUGGCAGACCAGGGGCAAGGUAGCCAGGAAGCCAAGGCCAGUGGAGCUCAACCGGAUGAGCACAUCCCAGAAACAGCAGCUCCUUGAGGAAGAAAGAACUCGGUUUCGGGAGCUGCUGGCCAGCCCAGCCUACAGGGCCAGUCCCCUGCUUGCUAUUGGGCAGCAGCUGGCCCAGAAGAUGCAAAUGGAAGGUGGUGGACAGCUCUGACCAACAUAGUGUGCACCAUGAACUCCCGAGGCUGCAGAUUCUGCAGAGGUGCCAGGCAGCUCUCAAGUCCUGUUUUGAGUCUGGAGUGGCCACCUCACCAGCCUUGCUCAUGAUGUGAGGAGUGGGGAAGGAGAGCCAUGUGAGGACAAAUAAAGUGCUUUGUGGACUCUGA